GCAACUAAAUUAAAACUUACAUGGUCACUGAAGAAAGAGAAGCGAUCUCAUUAGAAACUAAUAACCAAAACUUCAUCCUGCUGAAUUAAUAAGUUAAAUAUUGAAAUGAAAAUAUUAUCAAAGUCAACAAACAGAGCAAUGUAGUAGUCAGCAUUUACAAUACUCGUAUUUGUUGGCAAUAAAUUUAAAAAUUGACAGAUAACAACAACAACACUUCACUAAACAGCGGUGGCAUGGUAUGGCAUGACGACAGCCAAAUGCAAAUCUAAAGCCGAACCCAAGCCAUCCAAGCUAUCCAAUCCAAGUAAUCGAAGUAAUUUGCAAUUUAAACCAGAAAAUCGGUAACUUACAAAUAACGCCGAACUACAAAAUUUGAUCAAAUAAAAAUAAACCAAAAAAUUGCAUAAUUUUUUGAUAGCGGAGCCAGCGGCGAAACGAUUUCGUUGACGCUGAGAUUGCAUUGGUACGCAACCCGCUAACAACCUCAUUUCAACACGAACUCGGGCUCGUCACCUGCAAAAUCAUCGCAAUCAUCAUUAGCAGCAGCUUAUCGAAUAAUUGACAACAAAUGUGUUCAAAGCUAAGCUUCUUGAAGAAACCCCCCACUACCUACGUGUUUGCCGCUCCACCACGUAAAACCGCUUGACAUUCACGUUCGCAUUUUCGAACGAAAUUUUCGCACAAAACGAAUUUCGGUUUUUGUUGAAAUUUUCAAGUGUUGUCCGCCGUGUCUCGAUACUUGCGUCAUGGAGUGUUUACAGAAUAUAUUUCGGAAUAUUUCUGACAUUUUUAAGAUAUAUCUUAAGUUAGCUGUGAUCACGUUGGUUAUUUAUUUUGUGGCUGAAUGGUACAUUUUACGUUACGGUCUCGAAUUUGACGAAGCACCUCAAACUCAAAUAGCAGCACAAAAGCCGCGCAAUGUCAGUUCAGUCGAAAAACUAUUUAAAUUAAUGAUUAAUUUUUUUAUACAUUAAUUUUUUAAAUUUUUAAAUUG